AGGAGCAGCCGGAAGUAGCUAGAGUCUCAGGCGGAGAGACAGGCUGACGGGCUUUGACAGGAGCCGGAGCUGCGCAGAGGAGUUGGUGGCCAUGGAGUUGGGCGAGCUUCUCUACAACAAGUCCGAGUACAUCGAGACGGCAUCUGGGAACAAAGUUAGUCGCCAGUCGGUACUGUGUGGAAGUCAGAACAUCGUUCUCAACGGCAAGACCAUUGUGAUGAAUGACUGUAUUAUUCGAGGGGAUCUGGCAAAUGUAAGAGUUGGACGUCAUUGUGUCGUGAAAAGUCGGAGUGUCAUAAGGCCACCAUUCAAGAAAUUCAGCAAAGGCGUUGCAUUUUUUCCUUUACAUAUUGGGGACCAUGUCUUUAUUGAGGAAGAUUGUGUGGUCAACGCAGCUCAGAUUGGCUCUUAUGUUCACGUUGGCAAGAACUGUGUGAUUGGGCGCCGGUGUGUGUUGAAAGACUGUUGCAAAAUUCUCGACAACACAGUAUUACCCCCAGAAACUGUGGUCCCACCAUUCACCGUCUUCUCAGGCUGCCCAGAGCCUGAUGGCUGUCCAGUUUGAUGUGCAUGUUUUUGAGUGGGUCAGUUUGGACUCUGAGACUGACAAGAUAAAAAGGAAGCCUUGCUUGUCACUUGGACUUGGACCGUGGCUGUUCGGCACUGCAGCACGCCUUUGCUGCUCCUGAAGAAAAGCACCUGGCUUGAUUGGAAUCCCAAAUUCACUGAUCCUAAUUGCUUGGACCUGACUCUAAGCUGAAACCUGACCCUGGCUGUCAUGCACUGUUUCAGCCGCAGCAGGAGGUGUGCUGAACUGAAAGCAGACCCAGGCUCCGUGAACAGGACUCAGACCCUGGGACCACUGGAGAUUUAGGACCCCUUCUGUGGAGCUGUAAACGAUGAAAAUAUACAUCGUGGAUGCUGGCUGCACCAACUGGGUCACAUACAAAUGCCCAUAGGAAAGGGCCUGUUCUCUGAUGGGACCAUCUAAAAUCAAGCUGCUGAUCAGCUCUUUACGUCUCAUGCAGAGGCUAAUUGCAUCCUAACUUGUGAUCCCUACCAAAACCUGCAAGUUGGAGGAGGGCACGUCACAGGGACUUCGACCCCUCUGCCUGCUUUUGACAGAUCAGACUCUGGGCCUUCUCUGGGGGGCUGCUCACUGCUGUUGAUUUGUGUGUUCGGCGUUCUGGAUUAGCUGCAACUUACUACAAUGGGCUGAUAGCCUUACUCCACGUCCUCACGUUUCCCUCUGUACACACACCUUAGUAAGGUAGAUUGAUUAUUCAGAUGUAGCUGUCUCUAGAAAGGGAUUGAUCUUUUCUAGGCUGUCUCUGGAUAAAAGGGGUGGGAGGUUACAGAAACCCACUUUGAAAUUUUUUAACUUCAGGAUUUCAUCCUCUAUUAGUUUGCUAGGGCUGCCAUAACAAAGUAGCACAGACUGGUUGGCUUAAACAAUAGAAAUGUAUUUUCUCCGAGUUCUAGAGGCUAGACGUCCAAGAGCAGGAGUUGGCACGUUUCUCCUGAGGCCUCUCUCCUUGGCUUGCAGCUGGCAGCCUUUUCACUGUAUCUUCACACGGCUGCCCCUCUGUGAGUGUCUGUGUCUUAAUCUCUUAUAAGAACACCAGUCAUAUUGGAUUAGGGCCCACCCAGAUGACCUCAUUUUACUUUAAUCACCUCUUUAAAGGCCAUAUCUCCAAAUACAGUCACAUUCUAUACUGGACGUUAGGGUUUCAAUAUAUAAAUUUGGGGAAAACACAAUUCAGCCCAUAACAUAUCCUGAUCAAUUCCUGAAUAUCUUUCUGGUUAAAUUGUAUUAAAAUAUUUAUCUGCAAAAAUAUUCUGUACCUCUUGCCUACAGCCCUCUGGAUGAAAGGCCUGGAUGAGAAUAAGAGAUGAUUGAAAAAAUGUAAAGUUAGGAUUGCUGAUCUGUGGGGCAUGCUGAUUUUGUAACAAUGAGAAAAAACAGAAACCUGGCAGC